AUGCAAGAAGAAGACUUUGAAAGAACAAAGAAGUUUGGAUCCGCAAAAGUAUGCUUAGGCAGUUCCUUCGCUGAGCACAACAGAAUGAAGAGGAAUUUGUUUCAUUUCAAAUACUUCUUCUUAUUGAAAAGAGGGAAGGAGAAAAACCGAAAUCUUCCUACUCAAACAAUAAGUCCUUUUGUAGAAAAGUCUUCUUUAUAUAGUAAUUCGACCUAUUGCUCCGGAUCCCCGUUUACUAGGAAGAUAAGAAUCAAAAGGAUCGAACUACCUACUCAUUAUUCGGAGGUGAAUCAUAGAACACUAAAAGCUGUGGUAUCUUAUGGACCUAACAUAGGUCACAUCCCUCACGACAUAAGAUUGAAAGAUCCAAACCUUCCUCUUCGGAGCGGAAACGGACGUGGCCAAAACAUAUAA